AUGCGCUUCUUGUGUUUACACGGACAAGGCAGCAAUGCCCGAAUCUUUCAACAGCAGACUGCCGCCCUGCGGUAUGAACUUGGAGACGAUCACAGCUACGACUUCGUCAACGGUGCAGUCCCAUGGAAAACCGAUCGAGAUCUCGAUCAAUUGGCAAUGGGUGAAGAGCAAACCUUCGCGCACUGUGAUCCCGAGGAGCCCGAGUCAUGCCUUCAAGCCCUGGAGAACCUCGAACAGUACAUCGCCGCAGAAGGACCCUACGACGGCAUCAUGGGAUUCAGCCAAGGGACUAACGUUGCCCUGAGCUGGCUGCUUAAGCUACAACAGGAGGCACGUACACUGCCCUUUAAAUUCGGGGUCUUCUUCUCCAACCCCUGGGCUCUGUACGAUUACCAGGAAUUGUUGGGCGGUCGCAUUGUGCCCUUGCGUCAUGACGCAUACGUGGGGUUGCUGGAUCUGCCGACGACACAUAUCUGGGGGUCAGCGGACAAGGACGCAAAGGCGUCGGAGGCGAUCACGGCGGCCUGUGUGGAAGCAAAGCGAUCAGUCUGGAUCCAUGACAAGGGCCAUGAGAUUCCCGUCAAUACUGACACUGUGAUCGCGAUGGCGAAGAUGAUCAAUCGAGCGUUGGUCCGAGCUUCGACGGCGGAAGGAGCAUAG